UGCAGAAUGAAUAGAACAGCAAAUUCAGGUAUUCGUUAUUUUCCGCCUAAAGUGGAAAAGCAACAAAGAAUUUCCUCGAAAAAGCUUACAAUUAAUAUUGACUUGGUAACUAGUUUGGUUAAAGAAUUGGAUUUUUGUAUUGAUAAAGCUGUGGAGAGAUAUUUUGGUGAUAUUUUGGAAAAAAUAAGAAUUUUGUUGGAGAAACAAUGUGACGGACAGAUUCCAUCAAUGGUUCUUUCCGGCCACUGUCUUGACUGGACAACCUUUAUUCGUUUACUUAAUGAAUUAAUUCCAAAUAUUACUAUUAAAAAAGCAAAAUCUUCUGAUAUUUGUAAAAUUUUUGAUGAAAUUGAAGAAGACAAGUUAAUUUUAUUUUUGGAACAUGAUGGUUCUGAUUAUUUAUUUUUCAAAGAAUUCAUUGAGAAAAUUAAAGAAAUGAGAGUGUCAACUUAUUUAAUAUUUCUCACUUCAAUUUCAUUUUCAUCAGUUUAUGAAAAAAUGCCUCGUCGUGUUGCAAUUCACCUUCGUCUUUCCAAUGCUGCAUUCCACCCAUUUGACGCCUUUCUACGGGUACUUUUUGAGGAAACUCUUCCAUUUUGUUUUCUCCACUCAAAUGGCGUUUUAAUUAAAGCUCCGACUCAACGGCUUUUUGAAAUGGAUAAUCGAUCCCUGAAUAGUGUACGGAAGUCUUUACUUUUGGCUCUUUGUUUUUAUUCAACUCUAAACAGAAAACCUCCUACAAAGAAAGAACUUAUUACUAUUCAAACCCAAAUGAAAAUUUAUUCUUCUCUUCUUGGUUGGUUUUCUAUAAUUUUUUGUGUUAAUGGAGGGAAAACUGCAUUACAUUGCAAAUUACAAAAUGACUCGGAAUUCUUCAAAACAUUAUUAGACAAACUUAAAUCAUCUUCUAAAAGUUGGACGAAAGAUAACUGGAAAGGAAAGUUACAAUCAUUAUUAUUAAUAUUGCAACAAUUGGGAGCAGAACUUGAAAGAGAACGUGUCAAUUGUAAACAACUCAUAAAUAGUUUAGAAAAUCAUAAUAAAUUGAACGAGGAAGUGGAGAAUAAUGCACCUGAUUCUGAAAUUGUUAAUUCUACAAAAAAUGAUGGCAACCCUCGAUUAUCUAGAAGUCGUUUCCCAAUCAGAAAAUCUCUAAACACCUCAACCUUUUUAUUGCAAAGAGAAAAAGAUUUAAAAAGGCUACGUAAUCCAUUAUCGGACACUUUAUAUAAUGAAUUGUUAAAUUAUUUGAAUACUUUAUUUUUGGAUAGAUGCGUGCAACAAAAAUGGAAAUUUAUCGCUGAAUACAAUUUUAUCGAUGCCGAUAAUUGUUUUUCUGCCUCCUUAAGUCCAGCACUUUCUGCUCAAAUCGACUAUCAAUUAGGAGAGAUUUCAAAAUAUGAAUUCGAAAAAGUUGGACAAAAACAGCAGCAGCAAUUAGAUAUUUGUUUAGUUUAUGGAAUUUUAGUUCAACAUGGAAUUGAUAAAUCGGCAAUUCAAUUGACAAAACUUUUUGAUAAUUUUUAUGAAUUUGCACCAGAAAUAGAUGGAAUGGAAUUUAAUGCACGUUUUAUGGCUGCUAUUGCUCAGUUAGAAUAUAUUGGAGCAGUGAAACAAAUAAGUGAAGGAAUCGUUCGUUUAAUUUACUUGCCGGUUGCAACUUUUACUCAGGAUCUCUACAAAACUACUUGAUUCACU